AUGAGUAGCAGUAAAGAAGAUGCGAUGGAGGAAGAGCAGGCAUUUCUUCGAAGCUCAUCAGGUCCCGAAGAUGCGGCUUGGGCACAACAGAGCAGAAAUCGGAAGACGCAUUACCUGCGAUUGGCCCUGGAAGUUGGAAUGGCUGCCACAAUAGUUGUCUUGCUGGCGUAUAUACUUCACGAACGGACCCAAGUCAAGUCAUCGCCAACACCGAAGUUUCCACGGAAAACCUACAAAUUCCUCCCCGACCCGAACUACGUACGCGGCGACAUGCUUUUCAGCGAGCAAGAAACGCUGAACACGCUCCACAGCUGGAUACCCCUGAGCUCAGACGCCAGAGGGUACGUUCAGAUCCCCAACCACGCUUCCUACGACAUACUAGCCGACCCUUACACGGUGGCGCUGGACCGGAACACCGACGGCCCGGCCUACAUGAUGUCCGUGUUCCACCAGCUGCACUGUCUAUCGUACGUCGUGGACCACUACCAGCGCGGCUACGGGGGCGCCAACCUGACCGACGACGUCGCCCACCACUCGGCCCACUGCUUCGACUACCUCCGCCAGUCCAUCAUGUGCGCGGCCGACACCAACCUCGAGGGCGAAACCGAGGCCGGGCCUGGCUGGGGCUCCGACCACGUGUGCACCGACUACGACGCGCUGCUCCAAUGGGCGAACGAACAUGGCGCUAUGAAAUGGCGGAAUGGCCUCCUGCCGGGCGUGGCGAUCCUCUGA